UCUCCACUCCCUCUCUCAUCUCUCUCAACUUGAUUAGAAAUUUAGAACAGAAAUGAGUAAGGUGCCGAAAUAUCUGCGAGCGGUGCCGGCGGCGACGACGAAGUUCCGAGAAAUAGAAGUGCUGAUAAUCUCGGCGCAGGACCUGAAGAACGUGAAGCACGUGACGCAAGUGAGGGCGUACGCGGUGGUGUACGUGGAGAAGGACUACCACGCGGCCAGGACGAGCGUGGACGAGCACGGCGGGACCAACCCCAUGUGGAACGAGGUCGUCAAAGUGAAGUUCCGGGAAGACUUGCUGGAGAACGACGUGCUGGCAGCGCUGAACGUUGAUAUCUACGCGCACGGGCUCGUGAGGGAGAAGCCGGUGGGGAGCGCGCGGGUGCUGCUGUGCGACGUUUUGAAGGGCGGGGACGCACGGGAGCCGGCGGAUAAUCCGAUACAGUGCAUGACGGUGCAGGUGUGGAGGCCGUCGGGUAGGCCCCACGGGCUGCUGAACCUGUGGGUGCCGCCGACGGGGAGGUUCUUGAUAAGGAGGGAGUCUUUGUCGUUUAGUGUGAGAGAGGAGGCGGAGGAGGACGAGACAGUGGUGGCGGUGAAAGGUGGCGACGAGGCAUAGGUUUUGAACUUUCGAUGUGUCACUUGUAUAAAAGUGUAUGUGACACGUAGAGCAAAUGUUUAUGUUUUUCGUGCAUGCAAUGGACUAGUACUUGUUUGGAUCACUCUCACCAUAUUAGGGAGGUGAUUAGUAAGUAAAUGUGGUUUAAAUAGUUUUAUCUUUUCUUAGUUACGUACAUUUAAUUACUUUACAAUUAAUUACUUUCUUUGUUUUAUGGAAUAAAUGUGGUUCAAAUAA